AUGGGAUUUUUUGAGAACAUCCAACACAACUAUGGCAGAAACAAAGUAACACAGAUGAAAGAAUUUAUGAACAACUUAAGGAAAAUAGCUAAUUUGAGGAACCGCAGAAUUUUUUUAUUAAGAUGCAGACAAGAAGGAAUCCAGCCGAAACACAUAGAUAGCGGAAUGAAGAGAAUAUGCCAACAACUGGAAUAUAAAGAUGGAAAAACAGCACAGCAGAUGAACAAAUUUACGAUUAAGUUGGGACAUAAGGUGACUAAUAAAGAAAUAGAAUUAACACAUAAGAAUCUCAAGUACUUAGAGAACAGACAACAAACCUUAACCCAGUUAAUAAGCACAGACCUCCCGGAACUACUGUGGGAAGAAUUUUUGAGGAAGAAUUCCACAACAUACAAUAGAUCCUUUUUUAGAAUACUGACGAAGAAUAGAAACAAACUGCAAAGAUUAAUACAUGACCAAGUUAUCCAGGUCACCACACAGGAGAAAUGGCUCAAGAACCUGUCAUCAACAGAGCUGCCAGCAGAUGUGAAAACAGUUUUAUCCUUGGGACCUAAAUUCUGCCUCCCACCAACAAAAGGUGAUAUACAGAUCCCAAAAUUACUAGCAGAAAUGGAGAAGACCACAAAGAUUAUCCAAAACAAAGAUAAGAACAUAACAACAGCCAAGAUAGCCAACAUAAUUACAAACUAUGUUCAAAAAGACAUCCCCAAUUGCAACCCACUUCAAAGAAAGCUAAAAGCAACUAGACAAUUCUUAAAAGAACAUCCUGAACUGAUAGUAACCCAGUCAGAUAAAGGAAAUGUAACAACAGUGAUGGACAGAGAGCAGUACAACCAGCUGGCAACAAACCAACUAUCAGAUGAAACCUUUUAUAAAAAACUAGGAAGAGAUCCUUCCAACACGUACCAACAAAGAGGAAACAAAAUGAGUGCAGAAAUGAAGAAGAAGAACAUAAUCGAUGAAGACCAGGCGAGACAACUCACAUUUUAUCGAGGAACUUGCCCAAGAUAUUAUGGCCUACCGAAAAUACAUAAAGCCGAAUUGAACCUGAGACCAAUAAUCUCUUCAAUUGAUAGCCCAAAUACACGAAUAACGAAUUUUUUGACAGAUAUUCUAGCUAAAUCCUACAACCGAGAAAACCAAUACUACAUUAGAGACUCAUUCGAUUUUGCAGACUUUAUAAAUAACUUCAAACUACCCAAUGGUUAUGUACUGGUAAGUUGGGACGCAGUCUCCUUGUUCACCAACACCACCUUGGACACAGCCAAAAGAUGCAUCGGCAACAAAUGGGAGGACAUAGGACCUAACAGCCCGAUUGACAAAGAUACCUUUUUCGGAUUGUUCGAGUUCUUAUUCAACACCAUAUCAUUCUCUUUUAAUGGAUCCUACUACAAACAAAAAGAAGGCACUCCCAUGGGAUUGAAAAUUUCAGGGAUAGUAGCCGAAUAUGUAAUUGAUGAAGCUCUAGACUAUACAAAACAAAACCUACCAUGCCAACUACCCUUCUGCAAAAAAUAUAGGGAUGACAUCAUAACAGCCAUUCCAAAAGAACUGGUUCAACAGUCCUUACAAGUAUUAAAUUCAUUUGACACCAGUAAAACACUACAGUUCACCGUAGAGGAGGAAAGCGACAGAUCCAUACCGUUCUUAGAUAUGAAAGUAAUAAGAGAAGAAACAAAUGAAGGAAGCACACUGAUGACAGAUUGGUACAGAAAGAUGAUAUCGUCCGACAGAUACAUACACCACAAAUCAUAUCAUCCAAUGAGCAUGAAAAUCAACAUAAUAAAGAAUUUGAAAACAAGAAUAACGAAAAUAUGUCACCCCAGAUUUAGAGACAAAAACUUGAAAAAACUAGUGGAAAUAUUGAGAGAGAAUGAUUACCCUUAUAAACUCCUGAGCAAGAUAAUUUACAGCACACCCAACUCUCUAGAAAACCCAGUACAGACAAGAAAUGAGGAAGAACCUAAUAAGAAAUAUAUCACCCUACCACACAUUGAGGAAUUAACACCUCUACUCAGGAAACUGAUACCUCAGGACAAGUUUAGAAUCGCAACAAGGAAUGUGAAACCACUUAAAUCCAUCUUUACCAAACUAAAAGACCCCACACCUACUCUACAACAAAAUGGAGUGGUAUACAAAAUUUCCUGCAAUGAUUGUGAGGAAGUAUAUGUUGGUCAAACUUCGACCACCUUAAAACAACGUCUAUCUAGUCAUCGCAGUGAUAUUAACAACAAAAAAAAGACUUGUGCCUUGGCCAUACAUACUAUAGAGGAGGAUCACCAUCCCAAUUUUGAAGAGGUCGCAAUAUUGGACAGAGAAAAAGAUUUUAACAGGAGGUUAUUCCUAGAAAUGGUUCGUAUUUCACAAGAAGAUCAUUGUAUGAACGCAAGAAAAGACAUACAAAAUUUAAGCAACAUCUAUUCGCUAUUAAUUGAAUGGGAUAAGAAGAAAAGAAGAAGAAGCGCACCGGGUGUUCACAGUGACAGUGUAGCAGUUGAUAGUUUACAAAGGCUAGGUUCUGUUUUAGGUCCCACGUUAUGGAAUAUAACGUACAACGGAGUAUUAGAGCUAGCCGACGACGACCCCGAUACAAAACUGGUGGCAUACGCAGAUGACCUAGGAAUGAUAAAGACGGGGAAAGCAGAAGAAGAAGCCUGGGAGAAAACCGAACAAAUGGCAGCUCGUGUUGGAGCCUCGCUGAGAAGCAGAGGACUGCAAUUGGCUCCACACAAAACGGAAAUACUCCCGCUAACCGGAAGACGGCCAAUAGAACGGACCAAGGCAACUAUAGAAGGCGUAGAGGUUGAGGCAAAGAGACAGCUUAAAUACCUAGGAGUAAUUUUGGACAAAGACCUCACCUUCCUCCGGCACAUAGAUUACGCCGUAGAGAGAACGAGAGAGACGACGAACGCCCUAAGAAAACUUAUGCCCAGAAUAGAAGGACCCACAUCAAGAAAGAGACGAGUAUUGGUUGCCGCAGCCAUGUCAAGAUGUAUGGGGCUGAAUUAUGGGCAGAGAGCCUAA